AACGUGUUAGAGUCGCGUUACCAGUUACCCAUGUGGACAAUGAUGUCUGCUGGAGUCAUCUACCACAGUCUGUUCAAGGUGACUCCUGUCGCACUCUGCAGAGUGUGUAGGCUUCUGCUCAAGUACCACAGGGACUACUUGCCGCAACUACGGACGCACCACCCUCAGUUCUACAAUGAAUGUCAAAACAAAAUCAGUAUCAGCUCGAAGUAUGUUCAAGAGCUCAUCAACAUGCUAUGGACUGGACAGGCGAUGUCCAGGAGGGAAGACGGCGUUGUGUUAAAGCAGUGGUCCGAGGAGUCUAUUACCAACCAGCUCAAGUGUAAGGUGGACCUGGACACGGUGAUGGACCUCACCCACAACACCAUAUUUCUACCUUACUUCAUCCGUGAGAGAGAGAACAACGGCAUCGACUUUCUCAAGCAAAAGAAAGAUUUCUUCAUAGUGAUACAGUACUACCUAGAGGACAUCACCAAUUUUAUAAAGUACUUUUCUCCAGUUUUUCAGACUCCUUGAAAAUGUGUAAGAGCGCAACAGUUAAAGUUGAAGAUGGAACCUUCUCUUGAUGAAGCCACUAUUUAUUGCACUCCAACCAGAAAGUACAUCAUCCUAAGCAAAUAUAGCAUUUUAAGGAAUCAAGAUUUUAAGUUAUUUACUGUUAUGAAAAGAAAAAGUAGUUUUAUCUGCCAAAUAA